AGCUGAGCAAGGAGCAGGACAAUGUUUGACAACACGCAGUACCCCUAUAACUGCUUUAAUUAUGAUGGGGAUGAUUAUCCUACCUGUAGUUCUGAUGAAGAGAAAAAAUUCACCAGACCAGCAUACAGCUACAUUGCCUUAAUUGCAAUGGCCAUCCAGCAAAGUCCUUCAAAUAAAGUCACUCUCUCUGGCAUUUAUGACUUUAUAAUGAAGAAAUUUCCUUACUACAGAUCAAAUCAAAGAGCCUGGCAGAACUCCAUCCGACAUAACUUAUCACUUAACAGUUGUUUUGUAAAGGUUCCCAGAACAGAAGGGAAUGAGAAGGGGAAAGGAAACUAUUGGAGCUUUGCAACAGGAUGUGAAUCCAUGCUGGAUCUCUUUGAAAAUGGGAAUUACAGGCGAAGACGGAGGAGGAGGAACGUGAAAAGGGAACAUAAGGAGCAGAGACCAAGCAGGGGGAAAAGUCCUUCAUCCUCUGAUAUGUCUUCUAUGGACUCUGCUUUAAACAACAUUUCCUCUUCUGAAAGUAAGCACGGAAGAAUUGAAUCAGUCCCAAGACUGCUGGAGCCUCGUGGGUUUGCUCCAAACAACAUGACCAACAGGCAAAGCCUAAGCAAUUCCUCCUUAGCAAAAUCGGAUUCUGAAAUUAAAUUCAGCAUUGAUUACAUCCUUUCAGCCCCUGACCCUUUGCCUGUCCUGAGAUCUCAAUAUAAUAUGCAAGAAAAUAAAUAUCACCUACUGGAGGCUCAACAAAUUAAUCUCCAGUUCUGGACAAUGUGAUAUUAUUUAUUCAUGGCAAAAAAGUCUGAGUUGCAGUGUAUUCAGCAGCCUCAUGUCACUGAAAACCAGCUGCCUGCCUCCUCGUUGUCUUCACAAGCAGUACUCGGAAAGGGUUACUGAUUCACCAGCCGAUGCUCUGCCUGUACCCAAAGAACUUUGCUAAGAUUAGAGCAUAAAUAACAGUUACCAGUAUCAGUUUUCAUUAUGCUGAAAUUCAUGAAAUUCUAGCUUUGGUUUCUAAACUGUUGUGGGCACCAUUUAACACCACAAAGUAUUUCCUUUCUCAAGCAGAAUCUGACAGAAAAGAGACUUGCUUAUCACCCAUUGCUUUAUUAAAGACAAAGUGAAUUUGAUUCCACUUUCACUAGUGGAAAUUAGGAUUAAUUCCACUGAAGUAUAUAGGUCAGAACUUAAGCUGAUCUAAAAUAGUGUAAUUCUGUCGACUUACACUGGCUGAGAAUGUAAGGGGGGGGUGACUUCGCUUUCUUAAAAGGAAUCACAGAAUAUCACUCUGUCUUCCCUUCGUUUUUAUUUUAACAUCUUGUUUCAAACUGUUUUGCAGCUUUCACUCAUCAUUAAUGAGAAAAUUUAGUUAUUAAUAAGUGUUUAAAGUAUAUUUUUGUUGAUAUUCAGGGCAGAGUUGUUUAAAUUGUUGAAGUGAAAUUGUAUUCAAAAGCAUUUCAAGAAAGCUAAUUGCAAGGCUGUUGAAGUUUGGUACACUUUGAUGGGUAAUGUGACAGAGGCAUAGGGCCUCUUAAUGCCUCGGAUUUAAAGAAAAAUAAACAAACUUCUCCCUUUAUACUAUCAGAAAGAUUCCUGAGAUGCUGCAGGAAAGUCCUUGAACAUAUUUCAUUUAGCAAAUGUGAAGAGAGACCUGGCUUUGCAAGAAGCUGUAUACAGCAUUGACCAAAGCUAUAAUUCCACCUACGUGCUUUGAGACAAGUUGUAUAUUUCUAUUAAACAGAUUUAUAUUGAUCCUUCUUGCAAAGCAAUUACCGAAGUGGUACUUGAUACGAUUUCAGCAAAGCUAGUGAGAUAUAUAAUUUGCAGAUAGCAAUAUUAGGUCAUGAGCUCCAUUUCUAAAGAAAGCCGUUUCAUUAACAUUUACAUGAGGUGGGAUAUUUCAGAACAGAACCUGAUGGACAAUGAUGAACUGUAAUGAGCAUUGAAGAACUUGCUUUUAUACCACUUGUCCAGUACCUAAUGGCAGUAUUAGUAAAGACUCCACAAAAUCUUGGUUUUGACCUGGCUACUACAGUCUUCAUCUACUGCACAUAUAUUUAAAAAUGAAAAACAACAAGGAUUCUGGUGGUUUUAAAUAAUUAUAUAUAGAGAGAUAAAAUUAUCUUUGCAACAUGAACUAAAGGUAAAUGAAGGUGUAUGAGAUAAGAUUAAACAAAAUUGUGCUAGAGGUAUGCUCAGGCAUGACUUGAACUUUUAUGCAGGUUUGACAUUUCACUAAGUUAUUUUACAUUGUGUCUAAUAUAUACUGUACAUUUAUACUAUAUAUUCUUAUAUAUUGUUAUUGAGAAAGGGAGCAAUAUCACUGCAUUUAUAUGUUGUAAAAUGCAUGAUGUAUGUUGUCAUGAUGCUGAAAAUCCUGCCAUAUACUUAAAAUUUACCAUCAGGGGUAUUUCACACUGGUUGGUAAUAAAGGCUCAUUUUUUUUUGGAAAAUGAUAAAACUUCCUCUCUUCAGGCAUUUUCACAGCAUGCAAAAGUCUUUGCUUCUUCUUCAGAAAAGUCAGAAUGAAAAAUCAUGUCAGGUACAUCACUGCAUGUCUUCCAAACUCCGGAGGAAUGAUUUCUUGUCACCAAAUUCAGCCUUCAAAUGGAAGCUUUCAAUUCUCUGUGAAUCAGUGGUUAUUCUGGGCAAUUACCUGAAAGCAAAAUUUGACUCAUUAGACCUGAUUGUUCUGCUGUUUACACUGACAUUAGAAAAAGAAGAAAAAUUCUGAGGUCACUGGAGAGAUGAAUUCUUAUUUGAACAGGGACAAGAAUUCGCUCCUUUAGUAUUUAUGCUCUGUAGUAAAGAGGUGUGGGAAGAUCAUGUCCUCAUUUAGUACUUCAGUGUAUGCAUGCACUUACAUGUGGGUUGGUACCUCUAGGAUCCUACAUUUAUAUAU